AUGGAUCAGUGUGAGGACAGAGAGGAGGGAGUCCCUCCCUCUAAAACCACUCUGUGUGGGGAAGAUGAGAGCCAGAGCAAAGGUCAAAGGAUCCAUCAGAGACUCAAACCAGAACCAGAACCAGAACCCAGCUGUGUGUCCUUUAAGAGCGACAGGUCAAAGCAUGAGAUCAUUAACUUUAAAUCUCCUGGAUCUCCACCAUCAGAGAGAAUGGACCAGCAGAGCUCAGAGGUUCCCAGUGGUCCAACUGCUCAGCUGCAUCAAAUACAGCUGGACUCCAUAUUUAUGCUGCUGGAGGACAACAUUGUCACUUUUGUGAAAAAUGAGCUGAAGAAAAUUCAGAAGGUUCUGAGUCCUGAUGACACAAAAUGUUCAGGGAGUCAGAGAGAUGAUGAUGUGUUGGAAGGUGAGGAUGAAGAACAGAGGAGGAGCAGCAGAGAGGCACUGAUGAAGAUCACACUGAACUUCCUGAGGAGGAUGAAGCAGGAGGAGCUGGCUGACCGUCUGGAGAGCAAGCAAUUUGCUGCAGUUUGUCAACAUCGACUUAAAUCUGGUCUGAAGAAGAAGUUCCAGUCUGUGUUUGAGGGGAUUGCUAAAGCAGGAAGUCCAACCCUUCUGAACCAGAUCUACACAGAGCUCUACAUCACAGAGGGAGGGACUGGAGAGGUCAAUGAUGAACAUGAGGUCAGACAGAUUGAAACCACAUCCAGGAAACCACACAGACCAGAAACAACAAUCAGACAAGAAGACAUCUUUAAAUUCCCACCUGGAAGAGAUCAACCAAUCAGAACAGUGAUGACAAAGGGAGUGGCUGGCAUUGGGAAAACAGUCCUAACACAAAAGUUCACUCUGGACUGGGCUGAAGACAAAGCCCACCAGAACAUCCAGUUCAUAUUUCCAUUCACGUUCAGAGAGCUGAAUGUGCUGAAAGAGAAAAAGUUCAGCUUGGUGGAACUUGUUCAUCACUUCUUUAGUGAAACCAAAGAAAUCUGCAGCUUUGAACACUUCCAGGUUCUGUUCAUCUUUGAUGGUCUGGAUGAGAGUCGACUUCCUCUGGACUUCCACAACAAGGAGAUCCUGAUUGAUGCUACAGAGUCCACCUCAGUGGACGUUCUGCUGACAAACCUCAUCAGGGGGAAACUGCUUCCCUCUGCUCUCCUCUGGAUAACCACACGACCUGCAGCAGCCAAUCAGAUCCCUCCUCAGUGUGUUGGCAUGGUGACAGAGGUCAGAGGGUUCAAUGACCCACAGAAGGAGGAGUACUUCAGGAAGAGAUUCAGAGAUAAGCAGCAGGCCAGCAGGAUCAUCUCCCACAUGAAGACAUCACGAAGCCUCCACAUCAUGUGCCACAUCCCAGUCUUCUGCUGGAUCACUGCUACAGUUCUGGAGGAUGUGUUGGAGACCAGAGAGGGAGGAGAGCUGCCCAGAACCCUGACGGAGAUGUACAUCCACUUCCUGGUGGUUCAGACCAAAGUGAAGAAGGUGAAGUAUGAUGGAGGAGCUGAAACAGAUUCACACUGGAGUCCAGAGAGCAGGAAGAUGAUUGAGUCUCUGGGAAAACUGGCUUUUGAUCAGCUGCAGAAAGGAAACCUGAUCUUCUAUGAAUCAGACCUGACAGAGUGUGGCAUCGAUAUCAGAGCAGCCUCAGUGUACUCAGGAGUGUUCACACAGAUCUUUAAAGAGGAGAGAGGUCUGUACCAGGACAAGGUGUUCUGCUUCGUCCAUCUGAGUGUUCAGGAGUUUCUGGCUGCUCUUCAUGCUCAUCUGACCUUUAUCAACUCUGGUGUCUGCCUGAUGGAAGAAACACAAACACCUAAGAAACCUUCACUAUUUAAUAAACCUAAACUAAAGGUUCUCCAUCACACAGCUCUUCACCAGGCCUUACAGAGACCAAAUGGACAGCUGGACUUGUUCCUCCGCUUCCUCCUGGGACUUUCACUGCAGACCAAUCAGAGACUCCUACAAGGCCUGCUGACACAGACAGGAAGUAGAUCACAAACCAAUCAGGAAACAGUUCAGUACAUCAAGGAGAAGAUCAAUGAGAAUGUGUCUGCAGAGAAAAGCAUCAAUCUGUUCCACUGUCUGAAUGAACUGAAUGAUCGUUCUCUAGUGGAGGAGAUCCAACAGUCUCUGAGUUCAGGAAGUCUCUCCACAGAUAAACUGUCUCCUGCUCAGUGGUCAGCUCUGGUGUUCAUCUUAGUGUCAUCAGGAAAAGAUCUGGAUGUGUUUGACCUGAAGAAAUACUCUGCUUCAGAGGAGGUUCUUCUGAGGCUGCUGCCAGUGGUUAAAGCCUCCAACAAAGCUCUUCUGAGUGGCUGUAACCUCUCAGAGAGAAGCUGUGAAGCUCUGUCCUCAGUUCUCAGCUCCCAGUCCUCCAGUCUCAGAGAACUGGACCUGAGUAACAACAACCUGCAGGAUUCAGGAGUGAAGCUUCUCUCUGCUGGACUGAAGAGUCCAAACUGCAACCUGGAAACUCUCAGACUGAGUGGCUGUAACCUCUCAGAGAGAAGCUGUGAAGCUCUGUCCUCAGUUCUCAGCUCCCAGUCCUCCAGUCUCAGAGAACUGGACCUGAGUAACAACAACCUGCAGGAUUCAGGAGUGAAGCUUCUCUCUGCUGGACUGAAGAGUCCAAACUGCAACCUGGAAACUCUCAGCUUAUCAGGCUGUUUGGUCUCAGAGGAAGGCUGUGCUUCUCUGGCCUCAGCUCUGACCUCCAACCCCUCCCAUCUGAAAGAGUUGGACCUGAGCUACAAUCAUCCAGGAGACUCAGGAGUGAAGCUGCUGUCGGCUGGACUGAAGGAUCCACACUGGAGACUGGAAGCUCUCAGGGUGGAGCCUGCUGGAGGCCGAUUCUUGACACCAGGUCUGAGGAAGUAUUCCUGUCAACUCACCAUCGACACAAACACAGUAAGCAGAAACCUCAAACUGUCUGAAGACAACAGGAAGGUGACAUGUGUGAUGGAGCUUCAGUCAUAUCCUGAUCAUCCAGACAGAUUUGAUUACUGGAAUCAGCUGCUGUGUAGAACUGGUCUGACUGGUCGCUGUUACUGGGAGGUCGAGUGGAGAGGAAGAGUUUAUAUAUCAGUGAGUUACAGAAGAAUCGGGAGGAAAGGAGACAGUAGAGACUGUUGGUUUGGAUAUAAUGAUCAUUCCUGGAGUCUGAGAUGCUCUGAUGAUGUUGGUUACUAUGUCUGGCACAAUAACAGAGAAACUCGUCUCUCCUCCUCCUCUGUCUCUAACAGAGUAGCAGUGUAUGUGGACUGUCCUGCUGGCAUUCUGUCCUUCUACAGAGUUUCCUCUGACUCACUGAUCCUCCUCCACACCUUCAACACCACAUUCACUGAACCUCUGAUUCCUGGAUUUAGGUUCAGUUCUGGUUCCUCAGUGUUUCUGUGCUGAGUUGAGUCUAAAGAGUCUAAAGAUUUUCAUCCUGCUAGAAAAUCUCUCACUGAUUAAAAGAUAGUUCAGUCUCUACAUGUGUUUCAUUCAGAAACAUAUUUUCAUGGAUCCAAACUGUUUCUUGGUUAAACUUUUCUACACAACCCUGGGAUUAUUCCAGGAUUAUAACUGGAUCAACUUGUUGUUUUUUUCUGUUUCCAGUCAAAGAUUCACAAUGAAUCUCAGAAUGUUUUGUUUCUCAUUUGAUUUUUUUCCCUUUCAUUUAUUCAGAUUUCUUUGAAUUUACAGUUUUUCUCAAUCACUGGACAUUUUUUGUUUCUGUCAACUCAUAUAUUCUUAAAUUCAUCUUGGAUUUAAAUGUUAUUUUUUGUAUAUUUACUGCAGUUCUACUUCAUGUGUUUUAGUGAACAAUAAACACAUUUUAUUCUGAAUUUUAUUAAUUUGCUGCUCGUUCUACAUUAUGCAGCUCUGGGAUGUUUUUAGAAGCUUCUCAGUUUAAUGGACCCACCAUGUUAGACCAUUAAAUACAAGCAUCCAAGAAAUUGUAUGGCAAAAAAUAAAAUAUCACUAAUGUAUGGCAAAAGAAAAGUUUUGAUAUUUAGUAACAAGAAAAUAAAAAGUGAUGUCAAGCUCAUGAUAAUACUGAAAUAAAACGAGUUUAUGAAAUCUGAUUUUUGCAAAUGGUAAUAGACCACAAAUUGGAAGGAUUAUCUUGAGAGAUGGAAGGAUUUUGAUAAAAUAUUUUUUUGACAUUUAAAGCUAAAAUGUCAAAAAACUACUGCAAUAUUGAAUAAAUAGAAUUCUUUUCCAAAUAAAAUCAGUGUUAUUUUUCCAAAGUGUUUUUGAUUUUCUUAAGACAUAAAAUUGGUGUGAAAAGAAUUAAAUAUAUAUAUAUAUAUUUCUUGGAUUUACCCAAAUGUCCACUCAGGUGGACAACAUGCGCUUUAAUUUUUUUUACUAAUGAAAUGCUGUAUAUCAUAAUGUGAAUAUAUUUUGACAUUAGUUAACAGAAUGUAUAAAAAUAAAACAUUGCAUUCAGCUCUCAUCAUAGUCUAAUGUUCACUACUACAUCACUUUAUUCACUUACUUUCAUUAAACCUCUUGAUCUCAUUUUAUUAUUAUUUUGGCUCCUCUUAGACAGUAUGAUAUUAUUGUGGACAUUUUCAAUUUUACAAAACUAACAAUAUUGAACAUGACAGUUUUCUGUAAGAUGACAGUUCAGUCUCUUCAUUUAUAAACCUAUAAAAAUGCAAAUGUAUCGUAUGAAAAUGUUCAAAGCACUGAGGUUGCAAACAACACAUUGGAUGAAAAUGUAUUUAGUUUUUUGUGUGUGCAGGCUGGUUCAAUGCAUGUUGAUAUUUUUGGCAUCAGUGAUGUAUGGCCAGUGUUCUCCAGGCCUCAGCCUGAUCUCAUGUGGUGCCUUAGACCAGUGGUGUCCAAAGUCUGUCCUGGAGGGCCGGCAUCCUGCAUGUUUUAGUUCUCUCCCUGAUUCAACAAACCUGGACCAAAUGAUGGCUCAUUAGAAAGCCUAAGCAGGACACUGACAUGCUAAGGAGGAAGUUACAACCAGGCAGAAAACUAGACCAUGCAGGAUGUUCCUAGAGACAUCACUGCCUUACUCACCAGUCUGAGUUUUGAUGGUGAUGGGAUGCUGCUUGUAGAAAAAAUGCAAGCAGAAAAAAAUACAAGCAGAAUGAAAAAGUUUGUUUAUUUGUUUGAAUUUGAGAUUAUAUCUGGAAAUUGUGUUUAAAUGGAGACGUGUCUAACCCAACAUGCCUGCAGGAAGGACAUUUUAUGGCUUAUACUGAGAUUAACUGAC